UUCCGGUAGGGACGGAGCAGAGUUUCCACGAGCGGAGAGUGCGGGAUGGAAACGCGGUGUUUAUAUCUUUUACUGGUGUGUGUACUGUCAGUAUAUCACGCCACAGCCGACAAUGGCAGCAUUAAAAAGAUGAAAAUGCAAUAUACCGGAAUGCCACUGCUGAAGUUUCAGAUUUGUGUUUCCUGAGGGUACCGGCGGGUGUUUGAAGAGUACACUCGGGUUCUCACCCAGAGGUACCCAGACAUCCGCAUCGAGGGAGAAAAUUUCCUGCCACAGCCUUUAUACAGGCACAUUGCUUCCUUCCUCUCUGUCUUCAAACUUGUCGUGAUUGGCUUAAUUAUCCUGGGCAAGAACCCUUUCACAUAUUUACAUAUUGAAACUCCAGGUAUCUGGCUUUGGGCGCAAGAAAAUAAGAUAUACGCCUGCACGAUGGUGUUCUUCCUCAGCAACAUGAUUGAAAACCAAUGCAUGUCCACUGGUGCCUUCGAAGUCACCCUAAAUGAUGUGCCUGUAUGGUCAAAGCUCCAGUCGGGACACCUGCCGUCUAUGCAGCAGCUGGUGCAGAUUCUGGAGAAUGAGAUGAAGCUGAGUGUUCACAUGGACUCUCUUCCACACAGACGGGCGUAAUGCUGCAGGAAUCCAACAGACUUGUGUGUGAUGUGAAGCUUUGUUGUGUGAGAUGGCGUUAAUGAAGGUCAGCACUGAAGGCAGUGUUUCUGCUUGUGUAGACUGGAUGUCCAGCCUCCUCACCGGUUCAUGGCUCACCUUAUACUCACAACUCUGCAGUCUAUGGCUCAAAAUUAAGAAGGAAAUGGAAGGAUUUAUCUGCAGGCAACGACCAGUAACAACACACACUGCUUAAUUGAUUAAAUUAGUGUUGAUGACCUGUUUUUGGUUGUCCUGUAGGCUGCUAAUAUUGAAAUCAGUUACUUAAAGAAGUAUUCAUAGUAUUUACAUGUAAGACAUUCAAACUGAUAAUGUGAACGUUAAUUUUUCUUCUCUUUAUAUGAUCAUGUGCCAGUUCAUUCAUUCCUUUCAGGUGUUUUAUGCUCACAAAAAUAUUCCCAGUUUGAGACCGCAGAGUUUAUAGAGAAAUGUAAACAGAGCUGCAUAAAAUUAUCCAGUGACUAUUUAAUUAUCAUCAUUGAUUAACUUUUUUGAUCAUUUUUUUAAUGCGUUUAUACUCACUUUUGAAUAAAGUCAAUUAAUUGUCA